CCAGGUGCUUCCGGGUUGCGCGGCAGGCUGGGCGGGGCGGGCGUACGGCGGCUGCGGCGGGCUCCCGGUGCUGCGCUGGGCCGCCCUGCCUCUGCUCGCCGACACGGCGCUGCUGCGGCGCUCCUUAGGGUUUAAGUUCAUUUUAUGACACAAAUUCCUCACUGCCACAAUGAGGCUAGUAAUUCUUGAAGAUUAUGACCAGGCUAGUGAAUGGGCAGCAAAAUACAUCUGUAAUCGUAUUAUCCAAUUCAAGCCAAGUCAAGGAAGAUAUUUCACACUUGGCCUACCAACAGGGAGCACACCUUUGGGCUGCUACAAAAAGCUGAUAGAAUAUCACAAGAAAGGAGAUCUGUCCUUCAAGUACGUAAAGACUUUCAACAUGGAUGAAUAUGUAGGGCUUCCCAGAAAUCAUCCAGAGAGCUAUCACUCCUACAUGUGGAAUAACUUCUUUAAGCAUAUUGACAUAGAUCCCAAUAAUGCUCACAUCCUGGAUGGGAAUGCUCCAGACUUACAGGCGGAAUGUGAUGCAUUUGAAAAGAAAAUUGAAGAAGCAGGGGGGAUUGAUCUGUUUGUUGGAGGCAUUGGUCCAGAUGGCCACAUUGCAUUCAAUGAACCCGGAUCAAGUUUGUCUUCAAGAACAAGAUUAAAGACUUUAGCAAUGGACACCAUUUUGGCAAAUGCUAAAUACUUUGAUGGAGACUUAUCUAAAGUACCAACUAUGGCGCUAACAGUUGGUGUGGGUACAGUGAUGGAUGCUAGAGAAGUGAUGAUUCUUAUAACAGGUGCACAUAAGGCUUUUGCACUGUACAAAGCCAUUGAAGAAGGAGUCAACCAUAUGUGGACAGUUUCUGCUUUCCAGCAACACCCUCGUACUAUCUUUGUGUGCGAUGAAGAUGCUACUUUAGAGCUAAGAGUUAAAACUGUGAAGUACUUUAAAGGUUUAAUGCAUGUGCACAAUAAACUUGUGGACCCACUGUACAGUAUGAAAGAAAACUGAAAGAAGAAUUGAAGAGGAACUCCAUGUGGGUCAGCAGCAACAGUUUUAGGUAGCAGAUGAGUUCACUGCUAUGCAAUGUGCUGGAAACUGUUUAAAACAAGGAAUCCUAGGUACUGUAUUUUUUAAGAGGUCCAAUAUCCAUUCACAUUCCAUCUGUUUGCUGUGUUGUGCAUUUUGCUUUAACAGUUGGAGCUCUGUUGUUGGCUGGUACAUAAUAGAACAGAACACACCUCUGGGUGGGGGGGAGACUGCAUGUUUUGGAGGGAGGUGGGGAACAGAGCAGUUACUCUAGCACAGCAAUGCAAUGCAUCUAUCUUGUGUUAGAGAAGAUCAUCUUUUAUCUCAUGGAAUUUGCAAUUUUUGGCUUGGUUAGUGUAACUACACUUCACAUUUGUGUCUCUAGGCAGAAUGGUUUUGGCCUUCAUAGAUAGUAUGGACUUGUAAUAGCUGUACAAUUUCUAGUAUGAAAUGUUCUGUUUACAUAUAUCUAAUGUACACUGAGCUUUUUGCACUUGGUUGCCUUAAAUUUAGCUUAAACCAGUUUUGGGGCACCUCAAGUCCUGCUGUGCAGUUCAGGCAAAUAAAAUAAACACAAAAGCAGUGCCUAAAAAUGCACCAAAUUCUUGAGAAUUGUAAUUUACUCCACGGAUAAAAUUAUUAAACUUCUGCCAUAGCACAUUAUCCUCUCCUCUAGAUCAAAUUGCUUUAGGAAUUUUAUAUUAUUUUGGUAAUUAUGCUUUAUAGAUAAGGAAGAAUCUUUAAAGUGUUCCAUUCUGGAAAGACCUGUUUCAUUGUACCUUUGGUGUUACUAUUAAAUGCCUGAAAAAGAGGUUAAUUUGCAGGAAUGUUAACACAUGGGUCAUUUAAAGUCAAUUUAAAGUCAGCUGUUCAUCACUUUGCAGUAGUUCCCUCUCAUGGUAUCAUGGCAAAGAUUGAGCUGUUACAAUGGUUGUUAAGGUGUGCAAGUUUAACACAUGGGUCAUUAAAAGUCAGCUGUUAAUCACUUUGCAGUAGUUCCCUCUCAUUGUAUCAUGGUAAAGAUUGAGCUGUUACAAGGGUGGUUAAGGUGUGCAGGCUUAACACAUGGGUCAUUAAAAGUCAGCUGUUAAUCACUUUGCAGUAGUUCCCUUUCAUUGUAUCAUGGCAAAGACUGAGCUGUUACAAGAGAUGCUGUUUCCUUUUUUGAAGAUAAGUAAAAGUUGAGUAUUAAUCUACA